CGUGGUUACGUGGGUGCAUGUCUGUGCCACACAGUUGACCACAUCCAAAAGCCGAUUACAGCUUAUCUCUCUGUGUCAUUUUAUCCUCGUCCACUUGAGGCUUCUCGAUGUUGUCAGACAAGCUGUGAGCGAGCGCCAUGGAUUCCUCAUCGGCGUCUCCGGGCGCGUCGGCGGACGCAGCGCAUGAGCCGGCGGGACAACUUUUACGCACUGCUCGGCGUCUCUGAGACACCUCGGCGGGGAAACCUUUCCCACGGAGAUGGCCGAGCGUUGACCGUGAAGAUAAAGAAGAAGUCAAAGAAGAAUCGAGCUGCGCUUAGGAUGCAGAAAAGCGUGCGUUACAACGAGGGCCACGCGCUCUUCUUGUCGGCUGUGGCGCGUAAAGAGGGCACCAAACGCGGCUUCCUGAGCAAGAAGACGGCUGAGAACAGCCGCUGGCACGACAAGUUCUUCGCCCUUUACCAGAAUGUUCUCUUCUACUUCGACAACGAGCAGAGCGCGCGCCCCGCCGGGAUUUACCUGUUGGAAGGCUGCACCUGCGAGCGCGCACCCGCACCCAAAAUGUCCACCACGGGGAAAGAAGCCCUUGAGAAACAGCACUACUUCCUGGUGGUGUUCGGCCACGAUGGACAGAAGCCUCUGGAGCUGCGAACAGAGGAGGAAGUGGAGUGUGACCAAUGGGUGGAGGCCAUUCAACAGGCCAGUUAUUCAGACAUCAUCAUCGAGCGAGAGGUGCUUAUGCAGAAGUACAUCCACCUAGUCCAGAUCGUGGAGACGGAGAAAGUGGCGGCCAAUCAGCUGCGCACACAACUGGAGGACCAGGACACCGAGAUUGAGAGGCUGAAAGCCGAGAUCAUUGCUCUGAACAAAACCAAGGAGCGUAUGAGGCCUUACCACGUCAACCAUGAAACAGAAGAUCCAGACAUCAAAAAGAUUAAGAAGGUGCAGAGCUUCAUGCGAGGCUGGCUCUGUCGCAGGAAGUGGAAGCUCAUCGUGCAGGACUACAUCUGCUCUCCUCACGCUGAGAGCAUGAGGAAGCGGAACCAGAUUGUCUUUAACAUGGUGGAAGCAGAGACAGAGUACGUCCAUCAGCUCUACAUCCUGGUCAACUGCUUCCUCAGACCUCUGAGGAUGGCCGCCAGCUCCAAGAAGCCCCCCAUCAGCCACGACGACGUCAGCAGCAUAUUCCUCAACAGUGAGACCAUCAUGUUCUUACAUGAGAUUUUCCACCAAGGCUUGAAGGCCAGAAUCGCCAACUGGCCCACUCUGGUGCUAGCUGACCUUUUCGACAUCCUGCUGCCCAUGCUGAACAUCUAUCAGGAGUUUGUGAGGAACCAUCAGUACAGCUUGCAGGUUCUGGCUAACUGUAAGCAGAACAGAGAUUUCGACAAGCUGCUCAAACAGUACGAGUCCAACGCCGCCUGCGAGGGGAGGAUGCUGGAGACCUUUCUCACUUACCCCAUGUUCCAGAUUCCUCGCUACAUCAUCACCCUGCAUGAGUUAUUGGCUCACACGCCUCACGAGCAUGUGGAGCGCAAGAGCCUCGAGUUUGCAAAGUCCAAACUAGAGGAACUGUCCAGAGUCAUGCACGACGAGGUGAGCGACACCGAGAAUAUUCGUAAGAAUCUGGCCAUCGAGAGGAUGAUCGUGGAAGGUUGUGACAUCUUGCUGGACACCAGCCAAACGUUCGUCAGGCAGGGCUCCCUCAUCCAGCUGCCGUCGGUGGAGCGAGGCAAGCUCAGCAAAGUGCGACUGGGCUCGCUCUCUCUGAAGAAGGAAGGCGAGAGGCAGUGCUUCCUCUUCACAAAGCACUUCCUCGUGUGCACGCGCAGCUCCGGCGGAAAAUUGCACCUCCUCAAGCAAGGCGGCGUCUUAUCCCUCAUCGACUGCACUCUCAUCGAGGAGCCGGACGCUGGCGAUGAAGACUCGAAAGCUGGAGGUCAGGUGUUCGGUCAGCUCGACUUCAAGCUGGUGGUGGAGCCGGCUGACUCGGCUUCGUUCACCGUGGUUUUGCUGGCGCCCUCGCGACAGGAGAAGGCUGCGUGGACCAGCGAUAUUAGCCAGUGUAUCGAUAACAUUCGCUGCAAUGGUCUGAUGACCAGCGUCUUUGAGGAGAACUCCAAAGUCACCGUGCCUCACAUGAUCAAAUCCGAUGUGCGUCUCCAUAAAGAUGAUGUUGACAUUUGCUUCAGCAAGACGCUCAACUCCUGCAAGGUCCCGCAGAUCCGCUACGCCAGCGUGGAGCGUCUGCUGGAGAGGCUGACCGACCUGCGCUUCCUCUCCAUCGAUUUCCUCAACACCUUCCUGCACACGUACAGGAUCUUCACGGCGGCCAGCGUGGUCAUGGACAAACUGGCCGACAUCUACAAGAAGCCCUUCUCUUCCAUUCCCAUCAGGGCGCAGUACCACUCAUUUGACCGUCUGUCCAUCUCAUCCAUCUGUCCCGACUACAGUCUGAAGAUCAAGAAGAUAGCCAUGGAUCCGUCCAAGUCCCUGGAGCUGUUCUUUGCCACCAACCAAAACAACAGGAGCGGCGAGCACAUAAAUGACAAAUCUCCUCGUCUCUGCCGCAAGUUCUCCUCUCCCCCUCCUCUCUCCAUCUCCUCCCGCACUUCUUCGCCCGUGCCCGCCCGAAAGCUCUCCCUGCACUCGCCUGUCAGCGGCAGGGUGGGCGGGCUGGACCUAAGCUGUCCUCUCUCAGGCCUGAAUUGCAACACGUCGCCGUCGGCCGCCGGCAGCCCCACGUCGGCUCACACCCCCCAGACCCCGACGCCGACCGCCUCUUCUCCCCCUCUUUCUUCCUCCACCUCUCCACCGCAAGACCAAGUGCCUCCCCUUCCCUCGUCUCCCGAGCAGAGUCCAAGCCAGUGCGCCGAGGGGGACGACGUUCCCAGGAUUGACCCUUUUUGUGGCAAACUGAGACGGAGCAUACGCAGAGCUGUCUUGGAGUCAGCGUCACUAGAGAAAAUCCUUCCCGAGUCUCCUCAAAGCAGCGAAGCCGGAGACAUGUCCCCUUGUCGCUCGCCGUCCACACCGCGACACCUCCGCUUCAGGCCACCGGGAGCCCAGUCGGGGGAGAACUCUCGCUGCCCAGUUUCUCCUGCCUCAGCUUUUGCCAUUGCCACAGCCGCAGCGGGGCACGGCACGCCACCAGUGUUCAACAACUCCGAAAGAACUUGUGACAAAGAGUUUAUCAUUCGGCGGGCUGCAACCAACAGAGUUCUAAACGUGCUGCGCCACUGGGUCUCCAAACAUUCACAGGACUUUGAAAUGAACGGAGAACUGAAGAUGUCAGUCAUCUGUCUCCUGGAGGAAGUCCUCCGAGACCCGGACCUUUUGCCUCAGGAGAGGAAAGCCACUGCCAACAUACUCAGUGGCCUCUCUCAAGAUGAGCAGGAAGACGCCCAGCUGAGGAUAGAAGACAUUUUACAGAUGGCCGACUGUCCCAAAGCGGAGUGCUUCGAGUCUCUCUCUGCUAUGGAGCUGGCCGAGCAGAUCACGCUGCUGGAUCACAUCGUCUUCAGGAGCAUCCCAUACGAAGAGUUCCUUGGCCAAGGCUGGAUGAAGUUUGAUAAGACAGAGAGGACCCCAUACAUCAUGAAAACAAGUCAACACUUCAAUGAUAUGAGCAAUCUGGUGGCCUCGCAGAUCAUGACCCACACGGACGUGGGCUCCAGAGCCAGCUCAAUAGAGAAGUGGGUGGCGGUGGCCGACAUCUGCCGCUGCCUCAACAACUACAACGGCGUGCUGGAGAUCACGUCGGCGCUCAACCGCAGCGCCAUCUAUCGUCUGAAAAAGACCUGGGCUAAAAUCAGCAAGCAGACAAAAGCGCUGAUGGAUAAGCUGCAAAAAACGGUGUCCUCGGAGGGAAGGUUUAAAAAUCUGAGAGAGACUUUGAAAAAUUGCAACCCUCCAUGUGUGCCCUACUUGGGAAUGUACCUGACGGACUUGGCCUUCAUUGAGGAGGGAACGCCCAACUUUACAGAAGAGGGACUUGUUAACUUUUCCAAAAUGAGAAUGAUUUCGCACAUCAUCAGAGAGAUCCGACAGUUCCAGCAGACACCCUACAGGAUAGAGCAUCAGGUGAAGGUGACCCAGUACCUCCUGGAUAAAACGCUGAUCAUGGAUGAAGAUACUCUCUAUGACCUCUCACUGAAGAUUGAGCCUCGGCUUCCUGCCUGAUCGAUAGCCGUCAUUGAGAGCCUGCCAAACCUGACCCCCUCCCACCCCACUCUUUGCCGAGGUCCACAUCCCAUGUGAUCUCAAGUGAUCAAAUGAAGAUGAAGCCUGGGAAAGGUCUUGAAUCUGCAAGCAAAAUGCGACUGGUCCGUGGAUCGCAUGAGGGAAAUUGAGGGUUUUGACGAAACGGUGUGCCGUGUCGUGCCGGGCCCGCGUUCACCGUUCCUCAGCGUGUUGCCGCUCGCUAGGAGGGACUGGAUCUAAAGAAAUGUAGCAUACGGAGAGGGCGUGGCAGCGAGAUACCUUAGCUAGCGUCUCCGUGUUGUCGUCUGUGUUGUGUUGAGCCUCGUCCUUUUGCAAGAGCCCCGCCCCCUAAAAAUGCUUUCCUCUGCAUGAUUUUGGCUUGGGACAUAAAUGUCUGGCUUUCAGCUUCAUCUCUGACUCCAACCAAUUAGCACUUAUGCAUCCUUGGGAGCUUGGUAUGGCAUGCAUGGGGUGUUGAACUUGUUUAUGCCAGAGACCACGUUGUCGUUCGGGUUUUAAGUUCAAAAGUCGCUUCAUAUUCAGUACCGAUCGACCGCUCCAAAUUCCCCGUACGUAAGUGUUAGUGCAAACGAUUGUUUGUCUAUGUGGGCCCUGCGGUCGGCUAGCGAUCGGUUCGGGGUGUGCCCCGCCUUCUGCCCAAAGUCAGCUGGAAUAGGCUCCAGCACAUUUGCGACCAUCAGAUGGAUGGAUGGAUGGAUGGAUGGACGGACGGAUCCUAAUUGCACCAGAUAACCAUGGAUACCAAGAAGGCUCUCAAAUUCUUAUAAAAUAGGGAGAGUGCUUCAUUGAGUGCCAUGUAAGAGAAUAAUAAUAAUAAAUCUAGAAAAAUAAAUCUAGAAAACGGAAAUGGUUAUUGAUUACACUAUUAUCACCACAAUUAAGUCCUACGUUGUUUCCAUAUUUUCAGCAAUUACCUUAAAAUAUUUUGAAUAUAUUUUUAGAAACAUUAAAAUAUGAUUUCACUCAACGUAGAAAAUCUGAUAUUUUGAUCAAAUUGAUGAUUUAAUAGGUACCUUUAGCUAGCCAGUUAGCAUUCAUUUUGAAAAAUAAAUGAUAGAAUAGUAAGAAGAAAAAAACAAGUGGCCUUCUCAUGCGCAACUCCCGUUAAUUCACAGUCGAUGAAAAGGACUCGUGUUGUAUUGUCUGCAUGUUCAUGCUACAACUGAUAAAACAAUAGCGCCCUCUAGUGUUGUAAAGAGCUCUAUUGUCCCAAAGCUUUUGCAGCUGUUCAGCAUUUAGAAUUUUUUGCACUCUCUGAGAUGUAGCUUUGCUUGAGUGAUGUUACGACGCUGUUAUCACACAUAUUUGAUUUGUUUCUCUUUUUUUCAGGGAUACAAUAACUCCCCAGGAAUUGGAAAAUAUUUUCAAUUGUUAUGCUGUGAAUAUUCAUUUUACUCUCACGUCUCUAUCGCUCUCCGGCAUUACAGGGCCAGGCUCUUGUGUGACAAGAAAUCUGUUUGCUGUGAAGGGAAAAAAAUAUUUGAAUGUUAAAAAGAAAAAAUGUAGCAUUUGAAUAAUCCAAACGUGUUUGUGUAUUGCUCAUAUGAUGCAUGUACACAACAGCUGCAUGUUGUGCAUGUCUGACCUCUGCUUCUCUGGAUUAUUAUGGUCUGCCUGCGUGUCUAGCUGUCAGGGGGUACACGUUUAUGUUCAUGUACCUCACUAGGUCCUAAAUGAGCCUGUUAUGUUUUUUUGUACUGCGCUUUGCCAUUUGAAGUGGCAAAUGUUAAAUGGUGGCUGGGGGCGCCAAUCAUGGAUGCUGUGUUCGUAAUGUAAAAGUCCUGUUUUCACGUUUGCGUGUUUGUUACUACUGUAUCAGUCUGCAUUUUUCACUCGCUGAUGCAGGAAAAUAAAUCAACAUGCCUUACA